AUGCCUCCACGGAAGGAACCCCCAAGCCAUCGACAUGCGACGCCGAGCGGCCCUUGGCCGUUCUUGGACGUGAGCGAUGAGAUAGAUCCUAAACAACUUCAACAACCACCACCGCAACCUCAAAUUGACAAUGACGAUCCAAAUGAAAACUUCUCAUCUCAAGAUCAAGAAACGAAUCACAAGUGGAGGGGAUAUCCUCAAGCCCAGUUUACAAACUGGACGGAUUAUCAGCAGGAGAAGAGUGGAAUUGCAAAGGUUGUCAAACGCAAAUCUCCUGGGGAAUGUCGAGUCUUCAAAGUAGACAUUUGGUCUGAUGGAACCUUUCAUAAUGAAGAGGAGAUGAUAGUACAGGCAGAAGAACAACGUUCUAUGGAUAACUUCUGGGAUGGCAUUCAACAGAAACCUACUUCGCAAGUGAGAGUAAGAGCACUCUUCGUAGAUAAUUUAUCGGGACCAGUGCUUCAAAUGUUGGGGACCAGGUUCCAAAUCGAACCGUUUUUCUUUUCGUCGUCACUCAAGUCUAUCCCUUCGAGAUACCAAGAACAAGUGCAGCCCGGUAAAGGCGACCAUAUAACCAUUACCUUGAGCUUCAUUCGUCCACUUUCAACCGCCUCCCGGGAACCUUCUAUCUUAAGUGCUACAGGCGGUGACGGUAGCUAUGCUUCCUAUGAACAGGAACCUGCUAUUGAUAUUAGUGGGCCGUUGAAGCUUCAGAGCACCCCUGAUAAAGUACUCGUUCCUGACCUUAUCUCCUUUCACAUUAUUCGAAGGCGGGCCAACCCAUCUGAGUAUAAUGAUCCAAGAAGGGCAAACUCAGUCUCUUCCAUUACCCGCGGCCCAAUACGCCGUACUUCAACGGCCAGUUCACUCUCCCAGGUACAUAGUACCACAAGUACUAUAAUAUCCUAUCAUCCGCCUUCUUCUUCAGGUUACCAAGCUACUUCCGCUAGUACCAUGCGCAUGAGGCUUUUGGCGGCAGGUCGGUCCGUUUAUUGGUCCAGAAUCUUUCAAUCCACUGUGCCGGUUGGUGACCCUACGUUUGUAGCUUUGAGCAUGUUGUGGUACGCCAUGUACGCUUGGGACGAGGUGAUCGAGCUUUUAUUGAGUGAAGUAGGUUGGCUGGAAUCUCAAACUCUGUCAACGCUUCCUCACCCUGAUCACCCGGAGAGAGACCCGCAUCGAACACUACAUCUCCUGACUAAUCAGCUGCACGUUUUGCGAGCGCAUCUUUUACAUUACCAAAACUUGCUUAGCGAUUUCAGGAAAAGUGUCAUGUUCCUGCGAAAGACUGCUAACCCAGCGAACGACACCCCAUCCCCAGAGACCAAUAUACAAGCAGGGCAUAAUAGACGACCAUCGGUCCCAAGAGUAGCGACAGGAGAUUCGAUCGCUGUUCGUCCACUAGCGACUGUGCCCGAAAGCCCGUUAUCCGCCCCUGCUUCGGUGGUUUCGGCAUGCCAGGAAACGUCAGAGCAACUAUCAUCAGCAGGAAGAAGUGCUGGUGGUGGUGGUAGUGCUGGCCCUCAGGCACCGUGGCUGUUACGGGAGCAACAUGGCAAUCGGUUCUUAGAUGAAGACGCGAUAGACUUUUAUAUGGACCUCGAUAUUGACGAACCUGAGGAAAGUGAGCCUCAGGAGAGGAUGCUGAAGAAGGAGUCGAGAAUACUUUUGAAUGAAAUUGAAAGGUUGGAGAUGACGAGUAGGAUGUUGGAUAAGCGGUUGGGGAACGUGAUGCAGUUGGCUUUUAGUAGCGUGAAUAUCGAGGAUAGUAAAAGGAUGUCGGAGCUGGCCGAAGCCUCGGGUCGGGAUAGUGCUGUCAUGAAACAGAUUUCCUAUCUCACUAUGAUAUUCUUACCUGCAUCUUUCAUCGCCACCGUUUUCGGUAUGAACGUGAAAGAAAUUAAUGAGGGUACUUUUGCUACCCUUUCCCAAUAUUUCGCGACAGCAAUACCGCUCACCCUUGUCACUGUGUGGAUAAUGAUGAUAUUAUACCACAGUUCAAAACUGUCGCCUAAAAUGACACCAUCCACUUUCAUUGGCGUAGGGCCGUCGAGUAUCUGGCACAGGGGCUUUUCUGCUAUGUGGCGGCCACUCGGAAUUCUUUUGCGUGGAUUGUCUCCGUGGCGUCCUACUACUACUUCUGAAAAGGUGGCUGGGUUGCGGGGCUGGUCGUCGAGUAUGAACGGGACGAAGUCGAGGUUGACAAGUGCGAGGAAUAGUGCGAGAACUCGUGCUUCUACUAUACGACAAAUCGUGAACGGACGAGAUACGCCGGAGGUUGAUGUGUGA